GAACUUUUUUGUCGGACGUUGUAAAAUCACGAACCCGGGCCAAUUCCCCGUCAGACCGCAGAUUCCCGUCGUUAUGGCUCCGAAAACCGACGACGAUUUCGUUUUCACGAUUUCAGACCACGAUGAUGUCUCGGACGAUGGCGGAUUGGACGAUCUCGCGUCCGAAUCGGUCAAGCUAGCUGGACGCGGGAAGAAGAGAAAGCACACGGAAGAUCCGGACGCGAACACGAGGGCGAAAGAGGGCCCACAGAAGAAAGCGAAGAAGAACAAGAAGGGGAAGAAGGGGAAGCAGCAAGAGCCGGAGCCGGAGGAUGAAGAAGAAGCCGGGGAAUUUGAGGCCGGAGAAGAUGUCGUGGAUAAUGACGAUAUAGCGUCGGAUUUCGAGUUUCAGGCCGGGGAUGUGGAUACCGGGUUCGUGGAGGAUUUUGAUGGGUGGGGAAGUGAGAAGACGGUGCCUGGCCAGCCGAAGGAGAGGACGAGCACGGCGGUGGAUGUGGACGAGAUCAUUGAGAGGCGGCGGAAUAAGCAGAAGGAGAAGGAAGGCUCAAAGGCUAAGGAGGGGGGUGACGAUGAAGAGGAGGCAGAGGAUGUGGAAUUUGAGGGCUUUGGUGAUGAUGACGAGCUUCUCGCGGAGGAUGGGUUCGGCAUGGGGGCAGAGAGCGAGUCCGAAGAGGGGGACGAGCAUGAAGAGGAAGGGUCGGAGGGAGCCAGCGAUGAUGAAGACGCGGGGACCAAGGAAGAUAAGGAAGAGGAAGACUCUGAUGACGAAGUGGCUGCCCAUGUGCCUCAUCCAAUGGAUCUAGAAGCAUCCGCAUCAGAGGAUGAAGAUGAGAAGGAGGAUGCAGCAGAAGCAAAGAAAGCUGCUGCAUUUUUUGCUCCUGAGGAGAGCGUUCCUAUCAAGAAAAAGAAGGGUGCUAAGUCGACUGGAUCCUUCCAAGCUAUGUCGCUGUCCAGACCCAUCCUACGUGGUCUGGCUUCAGUCGGAUUCACCGAGCCCACGCCCAUCCAGCAGAAGACCAUUCCCAUUGCCAUGUCUGGAAAGGAUGUUGUUGGUGGAGCUGUGACUGGUUCCGGUAAAACCGCUGCCUUCCUCAUUCCCAUUCUCGAGCGUCUUCUCUACCGGCCGAAAAAGAUCCCUACAACUCGUGUCGCCAUCUUCAUGCCUACGCGUGAGUUGGCUGUCCAAUGUUUCAACGUUGGGAAGAAGUUGGCUGCCUUCACCGACAUUACAUUCGCCUUGAUGGCAGGUGGUUUCUCCAGUCGUGAGCAAGAAGCGGUUUUGAAGACCCGCCCAGAUGUCGUAAUCGCGACUCCGGGUCGUUUUAUCGAUCAUAUGCACAACACUGCAGCCUUCCAAGUUGAGAAUAUUGAGAUUCUCGUGCUUGACGAAGCCGAUCGUAUGCUCGAGGAGGGUUUCGAAAGCCAGCUGAACGAGAUCUUGACUACGAUCCCGAAAUCCCGCCAAACCAUGCUGUUUUCCGCGACUAUGACCAGCUCUGUUGACAACUUGAUCCGCGUCGGCAUGGACAAACCCGUCCGCCUACUGGUCGACGCCAAGAAGCAAACCGUUGCAGGGCUCGUACAGGAGUUCGUCAGACUGAGGUCCGGAAAGGAAGACAGACGUCUAGCUUACCUGAUGUACCUCUGCACAGAAGUAUACACCGAACGAGUCAUUAUUUUCUUUCGGCAGAAGAAGGAGGCCCACAGGGUGAGGAUUGUGUUCGCACUCUGCGGACUCAAGGCUGGCGAGCUUCACGGAAACUUAACUCAGGAACAGCGAAUCCAAAGCGUCGACGCGUUCCGCGAUGGCAAGACAUCUUACCUGUUAGCGACCGACGUCGCGUCUCGUGGUUUGGAUAUCAAGAACGUGUCAACUGUCAUCAACUACGAGGCUCCGCAGACACACGAGAUCUACCUACAUCGUGUGGGUCGUACCGCCCGUGCUGGCCGCACCGGCCGCGCAUGCACUAUCGCCGCGGAGCCAGAUCGCAAAGUGGUCAAGCAAGCCGUCAAGGCCUCCCGCGCCCAGGGCGCAAAGGUCGUCAGCCGGCAGAUUCCGAGCGAGGGGGUCGACAAGUGGGUCAAGAAAAUCCGCGAGUUGGAGAAUGAGAUUGAGGAGGUUUUGAAAGAGGAGAAGGAGGAACGCGCGCUUAGCAUCACUGAGCGGGAUCUUAGGCGAGGUGAAAAUCUGAUCAAACAUGAGGACGAGAUCAAAUCGCGGCCGAGAAAGACGUGGUUCGAGUCGGAGAAGGAGAAGAGGAUUUCGAAGGAAAAGGGUGCGGCUGCGCUUAACGGCCCUCUUGAGGGAAAGAAAGAAAAGAAGAAGCCCAGUGGAAAGGACAGGAAGAAAAUGGAGCUGAAUGAUGCUCGGACUGAGGGCAAGGUAUGGAAGAAGGGGAAGGAUCAACGUGGUAAGAAGCUUGAGAAGAGCAAGGAUAAGAACAAAGCAAAGAAGGCUGGUAAAGCACAAGCGAAGGGUAGAAGAUAAGUAGGAGCACAGGCAUACUCAUCUGAACCAUGUCCCAUUGUAUAC